AUUGGGGUCAUGUAAAAAGCAUUGGUUAGAUAAGCGUUUGAUUACAAGUUUCCAUUCUGUAUAAUAUAUCUAUUCUGUGUCUGAACCAACUACUUGUAUUAGAUCGACUGGUAACGUUUUUCUAUAAAUGGAACCAAAUGCAGUCAGCCGCUUGGUCACUGUAUACAUACAGUAUAGAAACUUGGCUAGUACCCUGACGCUAAAAUCCGCCAUCUUGUUAGGAAGCGCCGCAUUGUAAUAGUAUUGAUGGUAGGUUCGGAUCACUUUAAUGAUCUGGAUCAAUUGAUCUGGUUCACUGCUACGAGCCAAUCAGAAGACCAGGAUUAGAACUUCCCAAGGUCACGUGACGUGUUUAGUAUUGGCGUCAUGUAAAAAGCAUUGGUUAGAUAGCCGAUUGAUUACAAGUUUCCAUUCUGUAUAUUCUGUUGUUCUGGUUCUGAGGCUGAGGUCUGAGUGACUGUCACUUUACCUUAUUUUGUUGUUACAUGUGAUGCAAUAUUACAUGUUAAUGCAAACCUGGUUAUAAAUAUUGUGAAUCCUUUGUUGUUUACUAGUUCUUUGCAGUUUUUCGGCUUAGUCGCACCGUUAGUAAGCUGUAUUCAGGUACCUAGGCCUACUACUUACAACAAAUAAAGUUCAUUAGAUCAAAGUAGGAGUGCAAUUUGUGAAGAUGGCGAACACAGUGCCAUUCAAGAUCUACUUGGAGGAGGCGGAUGGAUCGAUCGAGAUCCGUCGCUUCUGCGUCGACAGGCAUGUGUUCAUGAGCGGCAUGUUGAGUUUUGACGAGGUGCGAGACAAGAUCAUCAAGCUCUACCCCUCACUGCUCGACCGACAGUUCACUAUCCAUUGGAAGGAUGAUGAGGAAGACAACAUUGCUGUGAAUUGUGAUGAUGAGUUCAGUAUUGCAAUCACGACAAUCAAGAAAUCGUGGAUGGGAGAUAUGACUGUGAGACUCUAUGUUAUUCUGGACAACAUCCAACAGGCUGUUUCAGUGGAGACUAGUACUGAAGAGGAAGGCACUGCUGCCAAGGUCAUCCGUUAUACGCCAGAGGAGUUGAAAUCUAUGAAUACUCCUCAUCGUACCGCCAAUAACGACUCCGACUCGAGCAGCAGCAGCGAGAAAGAGGGGGCAGCGAUUGCUGAUGCCUCGCCAAACCUCGGCCAACCUCGGCCAACCUCGACCUUGUUCAGCCCGGGCUCGCUGGCAGGCCUCGUCUGUCACUUGUGCCAGUGCUCGCUCGACGGUCGCCUGCUCUACAAGUGUGUCACAUGUCCCAGCUACAAUCUGUGCGCCAAUUGUGUCACGCAUGCGCACUACGAACACGCCAUGCUCAGAAUUCCAUCACAGCAGGCGUUGUCGCGCAGCGGCAUCUUUGUAGUCGACCGUCUCAACGAUCUGGCGCGCCGUCAAAGUGUGACCAGCCGGUUUGACUUUUCGGCACUGAUUCUGCCAAUAGCCGACAACUACGAAGCGUCGCCCUUUCGCAAGAUGCGGGACGCUGUCGAAGUGAAGACUGCCACCAAGUCUGGCUGCGGGUCGGCGUCAUCAACGGCCUCUGUCAGUCGAAAGAUGACCAGGGUGUCGUUGCCUGGGUGUGACGCGUCGCCAGUGGGCGUCAGCUAUCGGCCAACUGUCAGUGAUGGCGGCGAGGGCGCAGCUAAAGGAAAAGAAGAGCAGAAGGAGAAAGAGAAGAAAUGCAAGAAAGAGAAGAAAGAAGAGAAGAAGAGAGAGAAGAAGGAAAGGAAAGAAAAGAAGUUGAAGCGAUCCCGCAGUUGCAGAGUCGAGAGGGAUGAUCUUGAUGUAUUGCAGCUAUUCGACGAGAUUAUGACCAGUUUGAUUGUUGCACGUCCUAGUUUGAGGGAUGAUCAGUCUGGUUAUGGCAUUAGUACUGACCUAAUCAAACAAAUUCUCAACAGAAUGGAUGAUGUGCAGCCUGGUUCUCGGCGCGCUGAUGUCGCCAGCGGUAUAGUAUCUGAUUUGCUGUCCAGUCUCAACAUUUGCAGUUCGUCAGGGGCAUCAAGUUCCAGCGAAACUGAAGAGAGCCAACCGAAGCGAGAGACUAGGAAGCGCAAAGUUUGUGAUUCUAAGUCACAUGCUUCCAAAGUGGCCGCCGACAAUUCGGGAGCUGCCAAAGUGGCUGUUGACAAUAUGGGAGCUGCCAAAGUGGCCGCCGACAAUUCGGGAGCUGCCAAAGUGGCCGUUGACAAUAUGGGAGCUGCCAAAGUGGCCGUUGACAAUUCGGGUGCUGUCAAAAUGGCCGCCGACAAUUCGGGAGCUGCCAAAGUGGCCGUUGACAAUUCGGGUGCUCUCAAAGUUGCCGAUGUCAAUUCGAGCGCUGCCAAAGUCGCCGGCAACAACUCUCUUCUGGCUGAAAAACCGUUCCCAACUCUGACUCAGGUCCGGUUUGAAGAUGACGGGAUUCGUGUGACUGCCGUGCCAGAGGAGAGGCUGGAGGAGGUUGUCACCUCCUGCUCAUCGCCAUCUGCCGACGAGCUUGACUGGAUGUUUGUGGGUCCGAAACCGACUGGAGCCAUUCCAAAACAGACUUCCCCUUCCGUAUACCCGAGCCCUAGCCAGAUUCCUCAGAUGGAGCCGACUGUGGCCCCGCCCCCGCCACAGCCAACGGUCACUGCAGCUCUAGGUCAAGGCCAGAAAGCGCCGCUGACUGAGAAGCAGGAACGAGUACACUCGGCCCUGAACAAGAUGCUCGCCAUGGGUUUUAGCAACGAGGGCGGAUGGCUGGAGAACAUUCUCGAUCAGCAAGACGCUAGCAUUGAACGCGUUCUCGAGAUGCUGCUGCCCCCAUCAGUUGUCGGACGUGUUGUUGAUUAAAUCGUCAAUCAAUCACUCAUUGAUGAAACGAUUCUAUCAUAAAUAUUUACAACCUAAUCAUCUUUACUUUAUUAUUGGAUUCUAUUGAAACUGAAACCAAGCAGAUCUAACUUAACAAUGUCUACUGGAACCAGAAUCAUCUAUUAUUGUAUGCCAAGUUCUAUUCUGACGUAAUUCAAACCACAUGGAUUGGUUCGUAAAUUCUGCUCUUGUUGUCAUCAUUCUUCGUACAAAGAUUGAUCAAAUCUCUGAUCAAUAACUGUUGAAGAAACACUCAAAAUCAGAAAUAUUAAUAAUUCCACAUUAUAAAUAUUAUCAGAUUCAACAGUUUAAGCCAAUUAUCAAUGUACGUGUCCAAUACAGUGAACAUAUUAAUGGAACUAUUCCCACUCAGCCCGGCCGAAUAGUCCCAUCAAAACUUGAGGGAUUGAUAUCAUCAAUAUGAUUAGAAUAGAAUCAAGAAUAAUUAUUAUUGAUUGUCAGAAUCCGCUUUUCAUUCCUGCAAAAUCAAAAUAAUUUUUUUUGUAAAAUCUUCAAAGUUGUUGAUCAGAACGUUUAUAGUUAGCUGUUCUAUUUCUAGUUGUAUUUUUUAUUUGGCAGUUAAUGAGAAUUCAUUAUCAAUAAUUGAUUGUUAAAUCAGUUCUAUUAUUUUGAAUACUAUAUUUAUCUACUGUGAGGUGUACUAUUAUGUUUUAUCCUUAUAACUUGAAGCUGUUUUGAAUAGCCUAAGUUAGUAUCUAUAGAGAUUAGCAAAUCUCGACUUAAUCUUUUAUAAUUUGUUUAUCAGAUCGAUUUAUCAAAUAUCGAAUUUGUGUGUUGUACCAUACGAAAAACAUUCACAUUUUCAUGUUUUCUCUACGGUUGUAGCUUACUCAUUUAAUUAUAUCAAAAUUGUUGAUAAAUCUACGUAACUUUCUCAUUUUAUCUGUGUAACAUGAAGUUUUGACAUCAAUCAUGUCAUAUAUUUUCAUCGUGCACUUUUUAACGAUAUCUGAAGUUGAAGAACCUCCUAUUAAACAAUCUUACAUUUAAGUAUUAAACAAUCAAAAUAUUAAACAAUCUUACUUUAAGAUUGUUCACAGAGAAAAUUCGAGUUACCGUACUCAUUCCACUCUGAUUCUUUUCUUUCAUAUCCAAUUUUUAUAUUCUAAUAGUUGACUUCGUGCACUUCAUUUAAUAUGAAGUGUAUUGAUAAAUUUUCACAUCCAAUACCGACACACAAGCUAGUGUGCAAUCAUGUGAAAGUCUUCUACUGAAAAAUUAUAUUAUUGUAAGUACUUAUUCUUCUUAGUUCUGAUUAGAUCAAGAAUUUCUUAUCAAUUCGCGAAAAUAGAAUAUUCUCCUUCACUGAAUAUUGUAAUCAUAAGUCGAUGUGUGUAGAAGUUGAUAAGAAGUAAAUAAAUGAUUGAAAUAAAUGAAGUAAAUAUCAAGUGGCUUGAAUAAAAAAUGAUUGAAAAAUAAAUGAACAGUGGAAACUAUUUUAUUUUUGUGAAUUAGAUCAUAACAUGCAGUGAGUUUUAUUUUUCCCGUUAUUUCUAGAUACAUAAUCAUUUUUCCCUUUCCUAGGUACAUAAUCAUUUAAAUUUACAUUUCUUCAUUGUAGUCAACUGCAAUAGAUGUUUCUAUAAUUUUAUUUGCUAUGUUGCUUUGUUCAUUAAUUUCUUUAGUUUAUUUCGUGAAAUAUUGUAAUUGAUUAAAAUAUGGUGCAUUUGAUAUAAUGGUAUAUCGGUGUAAUAUGAUUAUAGUUUAAUGGUAUCGGUGUUUUGAAAUCCUAUUGUGAAAAAUAAAGCUAUAUGCCAGUUGA